CGGACUGGGCUGUAUGCGGCGAACAAAGAGAAGCAAGCCCUACCGACCGAAGCCCAAGAUAAUUUCACGGCGAACCCUCGAGAUGGAGAACGGCAGCGGCAACGGGACCACGGCGGAGGGGGCGGUGGUAGGGCGGCUGAUGGCGGCGAAGAGGCAAUCGGGAAAGAACUACUCGCAGAUAGCGGCCGAGACGGGGCUCACCAACGUCUACGUCGCCCAGCUGCUCCGCCGCCAGGCCCAGCUCAAGUCCGGCACCGCCGACGCCCUCCGCGCCGCCAUCCCCGCCCUCACCGACGACCUCGUCGCCGAGAUGAUGGCCCCGCCCUUUCGCUCCUUCCGCCCCGACCUCGUUCACGAGCCCGCCGUCUACCGAUUAAAUGAAGCUGUUAUGCAUUUUGGAGAAAGUAUCAAAGAGAUCAUCAAUGAGGAAUUCGGUGAUGGCAUUAUGUCAGCUAUAGACUUCUACUGUUCAGUUGACAAAGUCAAGGGUGUUGAUGGAAAAGACCGAGUGGUUGUUACUUUUGAUGGCAAGUAUCUGCCUUUCAGUGAGCAGAAAUCUGAACACAUGGUUUCCAAGUUGAAGCAUUGAGAAGUGUGUACAAUAUUUUCAAGUGCUGUAUAUGCAUACUUUAAAAGAAGUCGACUUUCUUUCACAAUAAUGCUUGCAAUGCGAUCACCCAAUUGCAAUACUGUAAUCGGUGGUGACCGAGUAGAACUAAAACUGAGAAGGCAGCUUGAUAUGGUCUCGUUAUGAAAAUUCUAAAAGACAUCGACUUCAGAAUAAAUUCUAUUUGUGCUGGUAUUAUUCUACUGUAAGAUUGUACUCGUUCAUUCCUGAUUCGGCUUCGUCGGAACUGAGAACAGCUUGUUGUCGACAUUCCUCGACUUCUCUCCUGCUCAUGAGAUGCUCUGUUUUGUCAUGGGCAUGGUUCUUUAAUGUAGUGCUCCAUCUGUAAUAUGACUCCCUGGUACUCUCUGCAAUUUAUGUUUAUUGUCUAUCAUAACUAGUUCAUGAUA